UGGUACGUCCACCACGCCAUACACGAAGGAGGAGGAGGAGAAGAUGGCCGCCCUACUGCAAGAGAGGAAGGAGAAGGAGGCCAAAAAGAAGGCCUUGAAAGAGGAGCAGGCGGCCAAACUGAAGAAGAUCGAAGAAGAGAUGGCCACGGAGAAGGAGAGGCUAAUAAAAGAAGAGGAAGAGAAGUUGAAAAAGGUAGAAGAUGAAGAGGAAGACCCGCCAGUGCAGAAGAGUAGUGGACAGCAUAGCGGAAGUCCUGGUGGGGAGUUGGAAAAAAGGAUAUCCGAAUGGGUGGCUAAUCUGACUGUGGGAGAGGAAGAAGAAGUUAGCAUGUAUAUUCCGCAGGAUCAGCAAGAAGCCGCCAUGAGGGCUUGGGAUGCAGAGAAAGACCCCCUUAGACGCCAGGCGUUGGAAUAUGAGAAGAGGAUGGAGUGUGUCGUUGGAGUCGAGGUGGGACAUCGCCUUGAUAAGACUGAACGAUUCUGCGCUGGCGCCAUAGAGGGCGUCAAAGCGACAACUCCUAGGGAAGAGGAGCCGCGCCCACCACGUAGAGAACCAAUCAAAGUUAAGUUCCCGGAUUCCUAUGCUGGGAAGAGGRAAGAGAACUUUGAUAACUGGGAAGCCAACGUGAAGACCUACGUGCAUUUGCAACAGGUSUCCUCGGAUCAGCAAGUCUUGAUUGCGAUCCACGCACUUAAAGAUGAGGCCGCCAGUUUUGCAAGGUCCUUGGUUCGUGCCGCUAACUGUAGCGACGAUCCCGUUGCCUACUCCUCGUUUACCUCCCUCACCGAAUUUAUGAGAUUACUGCGCGAGCGAUUUGCUGACGUCGCUCGCRGUGUAAAAGCUUCAGAUAAACUGCAAACCAUCCAUAUUCGCAAAUGGAAAAGCGCCAGGGCGCUCAAGGGUACAAUGGACGAGUUAGUGGCCGUCCCUGAUCACAAAGUCACAGAGACCCAAUUAGUUAACCUCUUCUAUCGAGCUAUGCCCGAAGCUUUGCGAGGGCACUUCUUCGCGAAGAGCGAAGACCCUACCACGACAUAUGAUUCUCUGAGUCGUGAGGUAGUGGCUUUUGAAGCCAAAGUGCCAUGUCAGUACAGUGACCCAAGGCACCGCAGAUCGCGCGCAAGUGACACAGCCAUGGCUGCCGCAGCCGGCCAUGCCGACAGCAAUAUGCCAGGCAGUCCCAAGAGGCCGGUUCCCCCUCCUGUGCCAGUUCAACGGGCCGAUGAAGACGCACUCGCGUUUCUCGAGCGUCUCCAACAGUACACGGAGACCAAUGCCACCAAACUCCGCACAUGGGAGAAGGAGAAUGCCGCCCGACGGGAAGCCAUCCGACUCCAACAAGAAGCGGAACAGGCAGCACGUCAGCAGGCCGUUGCCGAUUCUGCAGCAGCCGCAAGGCAGCAGCAGCAGCAGCUCGACGCAAGUCAAACUCAGGCUCGUUUCCAGGCUGCAAUGAACCUUCUCAAUGAAGAAGCCGCAUACGGUAGAGUACUUCCACAGCAGCACUUCCGAGCAACUGAGGAGCAAGAAGAACCAACCGAGGACGAGAGAAACAGGGAAACUACAGCAGUCUUGAUUGAGAACCUGCUGUACACGUGCAAUUGGCAACAACGGGAACUGUUGGCUAUGCGGCAGGUCCUCAUCCGCCAUGAAGGCAACUUCAAGGCAAUGGAUCAGAACAUCACUGCCCUGCAAGCCGACACCAGCAUGCUGCAGGCCGCCGACAGCCAACAGCAGGCCAUCAACGACCGACUGCAGGACUCUGUUGAUGCCGGGAUGGCACGGCUGUCCGCUUUCGAGUCAACGGGCGGUGCAAUUUCAGACAGCAGCCCAGCUUUGGCCGCUCAAGCCAAACAACUCGAUGAGCGGAUCAAUCACAUCGUCGCAUCCCUUGGCGACAUCAGCAAGUUUGCUGGAACCUCGACAGUCAGCAGUCAAUUGAAGACGCUCAGCGAUCAAGUCCAGCAACGAGCGGCCACCAAGGAAUGGAAGAUGCCGAACUUCGAGAUCGAGAAGUUCGACAAUUACCAUAAGACUGAUCCGCUGCAAUGGUGGAUGGCGUUUAACGCGGAGGCCGACGUGCAUCAUACUCCGCCCCUACGGCAGAUGGACGCAUUGUACCUCCAACUUAUAGGCGGGGCGCAACAAUUCAUGACGCACAUGGCCGUCACGCUGGAAUGUACCAUCGCCACCCUCCACACGAAGAUCACGUGGGAGGAGUUUGAAAAGAAGUGGAAGACCCAGUUCAUGGUGAACAACGACAAGCGUCACGCCUUGAACAAGAUCUUCCGCAUCUUCCAAGGCCAGCAACCUUCGUGGGAAUGGCUGACAGAGUGGCAAAGACUCGUCGCCACCCCGGAGUUGAACCUACCGUUCGACUCAAUCCGAGGCGAGUUCUUCGCCCGGUCUUGUGACGCCUUGACGGCUGCUCUCGGCAGCGAAUUCCACUAUAAGAACUUUGACGACAUGAUCGCCAAAGCUAGAGAACUUAUACAAGUACCACCUCCGUCGACGGACGGUGGAGUAGCGGUUGUUGACCUUCGUAACUAUCUUGCAAAGAUAGAUCGCGAGUACGCAACGCAACGGUACGUCGACAACGACGCGGCGCUCCUCUACAUCCGCAUUCAGAUCGGAAAGGCGACCUGCAGUGCCUUGAUCGAUUGUGGAGCGACUCGCAACUACAUCAGCCAAGACUUCAUAGCACGCGCCGGGCUCGGCCCGCGCGUUCGAAGGAAAAGUCAGCCUACGCACGUCACGUUGGCCGAUGGUCACACGCAAAAGUCAAUCAACCGAAGCGUUGACUCGGUGCUCGUGUACUUUGCCUCGCUAGCAAGUGAGGCCGUGUCUUUCGACAUAUUGGACACCAAGUUCGAUAUGGUGCCCGUGUACUUUGCCCCGCUAGCAAGUGAGACCGUGUCUUUCGACAUAUUGGACACCAAGUUCGAUAUGAUCCUAGGUAUGUCGUGGCUGCAACGCAAAGACCACCCGGUGAACUUCCAUCCCCACACCGUUCACGUUCGUGAUCGGCGUGGCGAACUAGUCCCGUGUACGGUGCCGCUUCCUCGUCCUUCGAUUGGUUGUCACGUGGUAUCCGUGGCGAUCAUUCGCCAGUCCAUCCGACAGAACGACAUCAAGGAGAUGGGCACAUGUUUUCUUCACGCCCUCCCACCCGGUGAUCAGCCCAAGACGGAUACGUCGGACCCUCGCAUCACUGAGUUGUUGGACAACUAUGAGGAUGUCUUUCAAGCUCCCGCCGGAGUCAUACCGAAUCGGUCCAUACGCCACGGGAUCACUCUCGAGGACGGCGCCAUACCUCCGCGCAGAUGUAUCUACCGCAUGAGCGAAGAGGAACUACAAAUCGAGAUUCAGCCAAGAGAUCGGUACAAAACCGCUUCCAAGACGCGGUAUGGGCACUUUGAGUGGAUCGAUAUGCCUUUCGGUCUCACCAAUGCCCGAACUACUUUCCAAGCGGCUAUGACAACGGAAUUCUGCGACUUACUCGACCGCUCCGUACUCAUUUACCUCGAUUUCCAAGCAGCUAUGACGACGGAAUUGCGCGACUUACUCGACCGCUCCGUACUCAUUUACCUCGAUGACAUCUUGGUUUAUAGUCGGUCGCUGGACGAGCAUCUCGAGCACCUUCGCGCCGUAUUGGAGCGGCUUCGUAUCGCCAAGUACAAGGCGAACCGCGACAAGUGCGAGUUUGCCCAGCAAGAGCUGGAGUACUUGGGCCAUUACGUCACGCCGCAAGGCAUUCGUCCGCUCGCGGACAAGGUACAAGCUAUUCAAGAUUGGGGGGACCUCAAGCGUACUACCGACGUCCGCUCCUUUCUCGGGUUGGCAUCGUACUACAUGCGCUUCGUCAAAGGAUUUCAACGCAUCGUUGCACCAUUGUCGCGACUUCAGUCCCCCGGCAUGAGUUUCACACGCCGAAGACGGCUUUGCUUCAAGCUCCCCCACGGCGUUCCGAAAGACAUCGUCAGCAACCGCGACACUCGUUUCAUGUCGGCCUUUUGGACGACACUCAUGGUGGAAUCCGGCACCAGCAUGAAACCUAGUUCCGCACGGCAUCCUCAAACGGAUGGGCAAACGGAACGUGCGCACCAGACUGCGCAGAUGAUGCUCCAUACACUCAUCCGCCCGGAUCAGAAGGACUGGGUUGACCGCCUUCCCGACAUCGAGUUCGCCUACAACACUUCGGUGCACCUGGCGAUUGGCGUGACUCCAUUCGAGUUGCACCAUGGUGGACGGAAAGGACGUAUCUUCGCAGACAUUUUGCUUCCAAGGGCUGCCGAUAUCGACGCCGCUUGCUCCCCCGCUUCUACACGAAAGUACAGGGAAUUGCUGGCCAAAGCCCGCGCAAACAUGCAAAAGGCUCAGGUCUAUAUGCAGCAGCAAGCGAACCGGCGUCGCAUCCCAUGUCCAAUUCGCGCUGGCAACCUAGUUUGGGUCACCUCCAAGGAAUUCGCGCUUGAGCAGGACGUCUCGCGCAAGCUCCUCCCAAAGUGGUUUGAACUAUGGAUGGUCACUUCAGCAGCUGGCGACGACCCCACGGGUCCAUCAUUCAUCGUUGAGAUUCCCCCGCAUUUGACGGUCCACCCGAUCUUUCACGCUUCAAAGCUGGCGGUUUACACUCCACUUCAAAGCUAGCGGUUUACACUCCAGCCUCCGCAG